ACCUUCGCACGGCUCCAGCAGUCAGAAAGCAGAAGCGCAAUCUGUCAAGAUGAAAGCCAUCAUUUGUUUAACGUUGCUGGUUGGGUCAGCCGUGGCCCAUUACACGGGAGUGUGCGGGAACCCCAAGAUCAAGCCCAGGCUGGCGGCAGGGGAUAGAAUCGAGGGCGGUGAAGAGGCCGUACCCGGAAGUUGGCCGUGGCACGCGCAGCUCAUCGGAGCCGACGGCCACCACGCUUGUAGUGGUGUCCUCAUCUCAGACAAGCACGUCCUCACCGCCGCCAAGUGCCUCUGGCGCCACCAGAAGGUUGGAGACGUGAAAGUCAUGCUGGGUUCUCACACGAGGGACGGCAAGAGCCAGGGUCAAGUGACCACAACCAUCGCCGAAGCCUGCCUGUACAAGGGUUACGACGGAGGACACGACUCGAACAUCGCCAUCUUGACAUUGAAAGAAAAGGUGCCGCUGGGCGACUACAUCCAGCCCGCCUGCAUGCCCAAAUCAGACGCCCCCGUGCCCAAGGACCUCUCGCUCUAUGUCACCGGAUGGGACCAUGACCACGACCACCACGACCACCACGACCACGACCACGAGCACGGCCACGACCACGCCGGCGACGACCUGACCUCCGGUCUGAAGCAGGCCAGGGUGAAGUCCGUCGAGAACAACGCGUGUUACAAUGAGCACGACGAGGAGGUGCCCAACAGCGUCUUCUGCACCGUGUACGACGUAGGAUCGCCCUGCAAGCACGACCUCGGAGCCCCGGUGGUCGGCAAGCUGAACAACUUGUGGACGCUGUACGGCGUUGUGUCCGGCGGGGCCAAGGGCUGCAAGGUGGGCGAGCACCCGAUCCUCCACACCAGGGUGGCCCUCUUCACCAAGCUCAUCGAUGACUACACGCACGGCAAGAAGGGAAAGUGCGACAUCAAGGUGUAGGGGACAGGUUUGCACGGACGCUGCUCACACCUUCUCAUGGCCUCGCGGGAUGCUGUCGAUUUUUGACAUGACAAGUAAAGAAAGUACGGAAUAAAUAAACGAGUCAAAUCUCACGAAUUCUUGAAAGAUUUCA